AUUUUAUACUUAAGCUCCGCCAAGAUCCGGGGGCGACCUUGGCUGUUGCUCUGUGCUCCUCAGUCCCACUUGGCCCAUCAUCGCAUCCACCAUCUCCAUCUCCAUCACCAACGAACCGCACUUACACGCCCACUCGCGCGCAUUGGCAAUCCCGCCACAACCGUCUAUCCACCAUGGGGGCCACAGUCGCAUUGGACCAGAGCUACGGCUACGGCAUCGUGCUGGGCCUUGGCUUUGCCUUUGCCUUUGCCAUGAUCCUGGUCACCUUCAUCCUGCGCCGCUACAACUCGGAGCUGCAGACGUCGGAGCACUUCACCACGGCCGGCCGCACCGUCAAGUCGGGCCUCGUCGGCUCGGCCGUCGUCUCUUCGUGGACCUGGGCCGCGACUCUAUUGCAAUCCUCCGGCGUGUGCUAUCGCUACGGCGUCAGCGGGCCGUUCUGGUAUGCGUCGGGCGCCACCGUCCAGAUCCUGCUGUUCGCGACGCUCGCCAUUGAGCUCAAGCGCCGCGCGCCCAACGCCCACACCUUCCUCGAAGUCAUCCGGGCGCGCUACGGCACCGUGGCGCAUGUUGUGUUUAUGGUGUUUGGCCUGGUGACCAAUAUCCUCGUCUCGCUGAUGCUCAUCGUCGGCGGCUCGGCCACCGUCUCGGCCUUGACCGGCAUGCACACCAUCGCCGCCAUCUACUUGCUCCCGCUGGGCGUCGUCAUGUACACGCUCGUCGGCGGGCUCAAGGCCACCUUCCUGACGGACUGGGCACACACGUUUAUCCUGCUCAUCAUCAUCAUCAUCUUUUCGCUGACCACGUAUGCGACGUCCGACACCCUCGGCUCUCCGGCGGCCGUCUACGAUGCCCUCGUCGCCGCGUCGGAGCGCCACCCCGUCUCCGGCAAUGCGCACGGCAGCUACCUGACGAUGCGGUCCAAGGAAGGCGCCAUCUUCUUCGUCAUCAACAUCGUCGGCAACUUCGGCACCGUCUUCCUCGACAAUGGCUACUACAACAAGGCCAUUGCCGCGUCGCCGGUGCACGCGCUGCCCGGCUAUCUGAUCGGCGGCCUGUCUUGGUUCGCCAUCCCCUGGUUGACCGCUACCACCAUGGGACUGGCUGCUCUGUCUCUCGAGGACAACCCUCUCUUCCCGACGUACCCCGAUCGCAUGCCCGACGAGGCCGUCAGCGCCGGUCUCGUGCUGCCCUACGCCGCUGUCGCUCUCCUCGGCAAGGGCGGUGCCGUGGCGACGCUCCUCAUCAUCUUCAUGGCCGUCACCAGCGCCACGUCGGCCGAGCUGAUUGCCGUGUCGUCCAUCUUCACCUACGACUUCUACCGCACGUACAUCAAGCCCGACGCGCCGGGCAAGCAGCUCAUUUACAUUUCCCACUGCAUCGUCUGCGCGUACGCCCUCUUCAUCUCCAGCUUCUCCGUGGGUCUGUGGUACGCCGGCAUUUCCAUGGGAUACCUGUAUCUGAUGAUGGGAUGCAUUAUUUCCUCCGCCGUCCUGCCGGCCACCUUGACAUUGACGUGGACCAAGCAAAACAAGUGGGCUGCCAGUCUGUCGCCCAUCUUGGGCCUCAUCGUCGCUCUUAUUGCGUGGCUGGUCACCGCCAAGAAGGAGUGCGGCUCCCUCAACGUCGCCUGCACCGGAUCCAACGAUGCUAUGCUUGCGGGCAAUGUUGUUGCUUUACUCUCGCCCAUCGUUUUUAUCCCCAUCCUGACCUACGCCCUGGGCCCCCAAAACUACGACUGGAAGAGCAUGAUGGAUAUCCGCAAGGGCGAUGAUCACGAUCUUGCCGCCGCAGCUGGUGUCGAUUUGGAGAACACCUCCGAUGACAACGCCGAGGCGGUAACCGCACACGCCGAGGAGCAGAGGAAGUUGCUCAGAGCUGGCAAAAUUAGCAAGACGACGACAAUUGUCAUGACCAUUGCCUUCCUUGUCCUUUGGCCUCUUCCCAUGUACGGCACCGCCUACAUAUUUUCCAAGCCCUUCUUCACUGGUUGGGUUAGUGUUGGAAUCAUCUGGAUUUUCUGCUCCUUCAUCGCCGUCGGCCUGUUCCCCGUCUUCGAGGGCCGCAAGACUCUCGUGCGCACUGCCAAGUACAUCUAUCUUGAUUUGACUGGUUCUCGGUCCUUCAAGACCGGUGGCACAACCGUUCACGAGGCAGAGGGGUCUGCAGCAAGUGGACAGGUCACCCCGAAGGUUGAAGAGAAGGGAGAAUAAGAUUGGUUGAAGGAGUAAAUAGUCGAUACCCAAUGUCGUAUAUGGACACACUCGUUUUUAGUUGAUGUUUUGGUAGUAAUAUAUUACUACAUGAACGCCCGCAUCUAAGAAAUUUCGAUGCAUA